CACGACUAACUUAAACCUGGUUGCGUAAGGACAUUAGCACUAAACACACCUGUAAUCUGUAAUAAUGAUAACUCCUUCUUGCAUAAAUACAUCCGAUUCGUCACAACUCGGCCGAUUCCGUACCUUCUAAUAGGAGAGUAGCAGAUGCAUCCGAUGAUUGCCGAUUGAGACAUCACCAUCAACAAUGGAAAUCAACAAUCUUCCACCAGAAGUUAUUGUAGGGAUUUUCAGAUAUUUACCAACAGAGAACCUAAUACAGUCUAAAAUUGUAUGCAAACUUUGGUAUCAACUGAGCAAGUCAAAAAUAUUGUGGAAAAGUGUUACCGCUAUAUCGUAUAUCAAUAUUAAGGAAACAGCGCAAAAAAAACAUCGUCUUGCAAAACAUGUUGAUCAAUAGUCACCAGAUUCGCAACUUAACAAUUAGUCCACUAGGGUUAAAGGUAAUUUUGCAACAAAGUCGUGAAGUUGAAUUUGCUUACCUUUCCAAUCUUGUCCUUGCGGCAGAUCGAGUGUAUGGCACAUCUUUAUUUAGUUUGAUCAGUGAAAGAUGCCCGAAUCUUAAAACUUUGAAAUUUAGUUGUUUCUCUUGGAAAACAUGGGAAAGGACAGCUAGCUUUCUAAAGAAGCUGCCAUUAGAAGAAAUAGACAUGGCUUUUGAAGACGAUGAUAUAGACGUUUCUGUUUUCCCGUCCUUGUCACAAUUUCCUUGCAUGCAAAAGUUUAAUCUGUUUACCUCUUCGGUAGAUUUAGUUAAACAUGUGCUCCAUAAUUUAAAAACAAUAGUUGGUAUUAGAGCGCCAAGAACUAUGGUUUGUACGGAUACUUUUCAAACCAUGCCAGUAAUUCCAGGACUAACCCUUCUUCAUCUUGAUUAUACUGAAAUUGAUGAUGAAUCUCUGUUUAUUAUUGCAAAAUGCGCCAGGAAUUUGAACUUUUUUUCAGUAAUUGGGUGCACUGUGACGGAUAAAGGCGUUUCUCAAAUUACCUCUUCUUGUAAAAAAUUAGAGUAUCUCAGAAUGGGUUCCAGUGACGACAAAAUGACAUCCGUUUUGUCACUGACUGCUAUUUCAAGAGAAAGUAACUCACUUAAAUACAUUAAUGCACAAAAUAUCAAUUUAUCAUCUCAACAAUAUUUAAGCGAUAUCACCGAGUCGUGUAAAUCCAUUCGUUACCUGGACUUAACUGGUUGUUCUAGACUAAAUGACUCGGCUUUGGAGGUCAUCUCAAAUAACUGUCCAGGAUUAGAAAAAGGAAUAUUUAGUGGUUGUAAUCGAAUAACAUUAAAUGGUGUCGUGUUUAUCUUGACAAAAUGUUUAAAUCUUACACGUUUGAUUUUAAGCUAUUGUCUUAACCUAUCCGAAGUUUUAAACAUUGAAAAUCUUGGAGAUGAGGACUCAUUAAGUAAUGAUCCUUCAAAUAUGAACCAAGAAGAAAUGUCUUCCACACUGAAGAUAAAUAGUUUGCCAUUGAAUACAGAAAAUACAAAUCCAGCGGAAAAAACAGAAACUUUUUCUUACAAAGCUGAAAGUACCAAUGGUGAAACAUAUAAAGAAACGUCAAUUGAUGUUACAAUGACUGAAAAAGAGAUCUCUGUUUCUCAGCUGUCAGCGAUAGCAAAACAAAACAAAUCAAUUAGCAAUUUGACGGAACGCCAUUGUGAAUUAAGAGAAUUGGAUGUUAGCUUAUGUCCGAACCUGACUGCUAGGUCCAUUGUUCAUAUCACUUUGUUUUGUCCUGACUUAAGACAGCUCAACUGUUUAAACUGUGAUCAGCUUGAGACGUCUGAGGCGAAGGUGAUACUCCGUCAGGUGUUGCAGAACUGUCAGUUUCUUAAGACCAUCGGGUAGGUCAAGAUGGCACAAUAUUGAGAACAAACAAAUAAAGUGUAAAACAUAAAUAUAACCAGAUACCAUAAACUUUGUAAAUGAUGUAAUAAACUAGGCUACGACAGUAAAAUCUUUAAA